UAAUUUCUGAAUUAUUAUAUUUUUUCUCUCUUUUUCAGACGGUCUACCUCCUUCAGGCGGAACCCAAGGCUCAUAUAUUCGCGGACCCCACGGCCAAAGCUCUAAUUUUCGCACUUAUCCUAUAGGAAUGACAUACAUACCCCCUGCCACAUUUACAAUGACAACCAGACGACCAUAUACACGGGGACCACCAGGAACAACAACAACAAGAGUACCAAGUUUUCAACACAGCCCUGGUGUUUUAAUAAAACCAUUAAACUGUUCGACCGACUUGUGUUUUACUGAUAGUAUUCAAUGCAGAAACCAAACUGAAAUCUUUCUUUUAUCUGAUGGACAAGCAGGUGUAAGUGUUUAUGGUCACGUGAAAAAAACAUCAGACACUAAUUGCUUAGAAACUCUCAACAGAAUAGAUUUUAGGAUGCCUGCCGGUGUUACUAGCAUUCAUGCUCAGCCACAAAACCAGACUGAUAUCUCCAGACCAUCCGUAUAUAAAUUAUCACCUAGAUUUUCAAUAACAGUAAGCCAAUACCAAAGUGUGAACGCUGAAACAUUUUUUUCCUUGCAUUUCAAUAUACUUGGCAAGAUUGUUCAAGCAGGAGGAAUUUUGAGUGAUUAUACAACCGAAUUCCAAUGCAUUGAAAAACCGCCAAAUCAGAUGGUGUUGUCUAACAAAACAGGCUUAUAUAAUAAAGUCAGUUACCAUAACGCUACUGGAAGUUUAUCCCAUUGUUUUAGGAUGUGAGAGACAAGAACGAGGUUUGACACUGAUUUCAGGUGAAUUAAUAAUCUACGCGUUUAGAAUUGUUAUAGAGAUAUAGGAAUUUGAUAACAAGAACUAAAACAUAUAUAUAUAUAUAUAUAUAUAUAUAUAUAUAUAUAUAUAUAUAUAUAUAUAUAUAUAUAUAUAUAUAUUUACAUAUAUAUAUAUUAUAUUAUAUUAUGUUAUAUUAUAUAUUAUAUUAUAUACACUACUAUUGAUUACAUGUUUAGAUAUUCCAUUAGUUAGUAUAUAUUAGAUUUAAUGAUUAAUAUAAUAAUUAUAAAUCUACUCUACAAACAUUGUUAGUUCAUCUCCCAAUAGAAUAAUUUUAAAUUAUUACACACAUCUGGAGGAUGAAAUACCUUUUUCUACAAAUGCUUAUUCCCAAUCAUGUUAAAAGCAGAAGACUAUGUAUUAGUCACCCAUAUUUUCCAAUUGUUCAAUAAAUAUCUUUUGAAAUUAU